AUGCAAUUUUCAUUUUCCAUCUUAUCUUCAAUUGCAACGACGCUUUUGUUGUUGACCAAUUCCAAUGUUGCUGAUGCCAAAGCACAUAGCUUGAAAUUGACGAGAUUAUCCAACGAGGAGAUGUUGGAUGCUCAAAACUUUCAGGAUUACACCAACACUUUGGCAAACAAGUAUUUGAAUUUGUUCAACAAGGCCAACGGUAACCCUUCAUACUCUGCUGGUGCUCAGCAAGUGCUCAAGAAUGGUGAAGAUGUUACCGAAAUCCCUUUUGUUGCUCCUAUAGCUCCACAAAAGGGAGGUAAGCACGAUGCUCCAUUGACAAAUUACUUGAAUGCUCAGUACUUUACUGAGAUUCAACUUGGAACUCCUCCCCAAACUUUUAAAGUUAUUUUGGAUACUGGUUCAAGUAACUUGUGGGUUCCUUCUAAGGACUGUUCCUCAUUGGCUUGCUUUUUGCAUUCCAAGUAUGACCAUGAUGCUUCUUCAUCGUACAAGGCCAAUGGUUCUGAGUUUUCCAUUCAGUACGGUUCUGGUUCGAUGGAAGGUUACAUUUCUCAGGACAUUCUUAGUAUUGGUGAUUUGGUCAUUCCCAAGCAAGACUUUGCCGAGGCAACUUCUGAGCCGGGAUUGGCUUUUGCAUUUGGUAAAUUUGAUGGUAUCUUGGGCUUAGCUUACGAUACUAUUUCAGUUAAUCACAUUGUGCCGCCAGUUUACAAUGCCAUCAAUCAGGGUUUGUUGGACUCUCCGCAAGUCAGUUUCUACUUGGGUGAUACCAACAAGGAUGAAAAUGAUGGCGGCGUAGCUACAUUUGGUGGUUACGACGAGUCCUUGUUUCAAGGAAAAAUAACUUGGUUACCAGUGAGAAGAAAAGCUUAUUGGGAAGUUGCGUUUGAAGGAUUGGGACUUGGUGACGAAUAUGCUGAGUUGAUUCAAACAGGUGCUGCUAUUGACACGGGUACUUCAUUGAUUACAUUGCCUUCAACUUUGGCAGAGAUUAUUAAUGCCAAGAUUGGUGCCACAAAGUCCUGGUCUGGCCAAUACCAGGUUGACUGUGACAAGAGAGACUCGUUGCCAGACUUGACCUUGACAUUCUCUGGUUACAAUUUCACUUUGUCUGCUUAUGAUUAUAUUUUGGAAGUUGGAGGAUCUUGUAUUUCCGUAUUCACGCCAAUGGAUUUCCCUAAACCAAUUGGUGACUUGGCAAUCAUUGGUGAUGCCUUUUUAAGAAGAUACUAUUCAAUCUAUGAUUUGAAGAAGAAUGCCGUUGGAUUGGCACCAUCCAAGGUUUAA